AGCAGAACGUGUGGCCGUACAGCUGCAAAAAAGUCGCGAAGUACAGAGACGGACGUAUAUUAUAGAGGAGUGUAGGUAUAAGUCGUCCCCACCGCGUUUGCUGCGGCCAGUCUCAGGUAACAGUUAAUGGAAGGUGGAUGUGUUUACGCGGUCUUUAAGCUGAUCGCAACGCGAUUUAAUCUUUACGCGAACAAAGCCGGUGAUCGAUCGAGAUCGCGUUUAUCAGUAUGUGUCGCGUAUCUUGUUCUACGUGCAAUCGUUGGCGUGUCUUCGGUCUUUAAAAGCCAUCACCGCGGCACAGACGGCACGGCAUCGUCCGCUAUAUUUCUAUACGAUUCUGCGCUAUGGUAGACUAUCGCGUAGAUUUCUCGAAUGCGCGUCGUUCCGAUAAAAACAUCCGCCGCAACGUCUGAUCAGCAGAUUCGUACCGUUGCUACCAUCCGUGGGAAUCGAACAUUCUACGAGAAAUUCGGUCUACGGGUUCGGUGAGGGAAUCGCACGAGAUACCGAAUCCCGUGUCAGCCUGAAUGAGGUUAGGGUGGCGUAUUUACGCAACGAAUAUUCGUGUCGUCGGUGUACGCGAUGCGGAACUGACAGCUCAUCCUGCCAUCGUUCCCGAUAAUAUCCCAUCCCCGAUCGCUACCCAUCGGUCGACCGAACGCUCUGUGCAGUGCUUGAGGGCAACGCCGGAUUCAUCGCUGUCGUCGUCUUCGGCGACUUUGACAGCCCGUUUUUACGACGAUCAGUGAGGUUACGCAUCUAUUUGGGAGGUGUUUUUUUUCUUUUUGAUUGUGCAUGUGCGUGGUGUGGCACUGUGCACGGUGAAACACAACACGGCGACGGCAACUACGAUGACGGCGAUGUUAGUAUCCGUGGCGGAGCUGUCGAACAUUUUCUUCGUGCUCGCGGUGUCGAUAUGCUUCUGCGGAGUCUUUUUAUUUAUAAUCAGGAACAUGAUCGUGCUUCGUAUUCACGGCGACGAAUUGAUGUUCGGUGGGAGUGGAAGCGUAAUGACACAUUCGCCGCGCAUACCUCAGAUGGAGAUGAUGAAGGUCCACAUUCCCUUCACCUUCAAGCUCCACGAAAGUUUCAAGAGCACUUAUAUCGAGGUUGAAUGCGAAGUAUCGAGUCAGGUUGAGUACUCUCUGCAGGCUCUCUGGGGUGUCAGCAUAAGGGAACUUCACCUGGCGCUUUGGAAACCUUGGAGCACCCUCAGAGACGCUUCCUUGAAUGGUACUCUCCUUCAAGGCCACGCGCAAUACCUCACGCCACCGCAAACUAGAGAGCCUCACGGAGAAGAAACGUUGAGACUGUCGCUUCCAGCACCGGAGUUGGAGCUCGGGACACCACCGCGACUUUGUUAUCCUCUGGUGAUCUUCCUGACACGUAGGGAUAACGGAGAUCCACAUCCCGACGAAACUGUGGCUCUGGUCAACGUCGUUCACAUCAAAGACAGCGUGUGCACGCUGCCGACCUCGAUCCUGGCGCAGUAUCUAAAGCAAGCCAACGGACAGUUGUCCUGUCUUAAGCAAUUGUACUUGGCCACCGGCAACUCGACCAAUUACGACGAAGGAGACAUGUCCUCGGGCCUGGGUUCGGCACUGGCUCUCGCGGAGCCUUGCAACAACAACGGCAGCUCGGCCAGGGGUGCUUUGGUCGCAUCUGGCACCGGCGAUCCCGAAGGAUCAUUAUGGAACACGGCCGGUGAACAACUAUGCGUCGUGUGCCAAUACUUUCCUCUGUCGCGCGCGCUUCUUCCCUGCAGGCACACGUGCAUCUGCGCGUCGUGUUUCGGCAAACUGGACCGGUGUCCGAUGUGUCGAAGCCCGAUCAAGAGUUACUUCUGUAUCAGGGGCGAGGAAUACAUGCCCCUGGAGACAGACAUCAAUCCCUGCAAGCAGAGGCAGUCCGCCCACGGGCCGACCCAUUGGCUUCACGACUGGAACGACAGACUCACGGAUUUUCUCGGAUUCGCACGAUAGAAUUAUUUACUUGGUGUCUCCUACCAAGUAAUCUCGCUUUAGGACGUGCACCGUGCGUGGACGCGGAGAGGAAUAGCCGCAUAUCCGAUUGAUCGGAAGAAUCUUGCAGUUUUCGAUCGCAAGGGAAAUAGUUUUUUCAGAGAGUCUUCAAUUCCUGUGAAUUCGACCGGAGUUUGAUGAGGGAAAGACGGUUCUAUUAAGUUCAGUUUCGUAGAAGAGGUACAGGAAAGAGAGGCAGGGCAUUAAUCCACGCGAUCGAUGAUAUGAGAAGCAGAUUAAUUUGUGUACGGAAAAAUACAAGAAAGUGAUAUCUCAAAGAAACGAUACUUUUCAACUUAUAGAAUAGUAAGCGUAUUUUAUUUUCUCGUUAAGGUAUCAUUCAAGUCGGAUGAAUUUCUUGACUUGUUAUCCUUCUUUUUAAAUAUAAUAAUUUUUUUACGUGUUUUGACUCUGCUUCGUAGUUCGACUUCGAUAGAAAAAACUUCUUACUUCGUUAGAUGAUCGAUCUUCGUUCAUUGAAGAAAUCAAAUUCGCUAACGUCUAGAUGAAAAAAAAACAACCGAGAAAUAGGUUUGCUAAAGAGAGAACGUUUCAGAUUUUUAUCACGUAACGUUGUAUAAAUAUUUAAGGUGUAAAUACAAGAUAAAACUAAGACAUGUCCAACUAUAAGAUGUAACUAUCAAUUAAGUUAUUCAUAUUAUUUCAUACGCAAAUUUAUUCGAUAGAUAUUCAUAUAGAAACGUCAGUUUCGAUAUUUAUGCCUUUGAAGUAUUCCCUUCCUUUUUUAUUUCAUUUUCUCUUAUACGAAUUGAGUCUUCUCGCUUUUUUUCUCAUUUUCUCUCGUAAUGCUCUGCCGUCCACGCGCAGCAAUGAAACUAAAGUCUCCCUUGAGAUUCUCUUCGAAACAACGCUACACGAAAGAACGUCAGUAAAUUAAUUUAAGAAGAAUGUUAUGUUUAACGUUUAUACUGUAAAUACACAGACUGUGAUAAUUCUAAAAUAACAUCUAUUAUUAUAAAGCAGAGACGCGAAACUGUCGCGGAUCGGGGACACCGCAUAUUAAAGAGAAGGAAUCGGAGCGGGUAUGAAAAGAUGAACACGAAAUCAUUUUCCGAUUUCACAUUUACGAUGUAUACAUGUCUGUAUACAUGGCGAACAGCCUUUUUUAUAUCUUCUAGGCACUCCGCGUAUAGAAACGACGAAUACUCUCUUAUCAGGGGUAUCUGUGUUGAGAACAAAAUUAAUCUCUAUUCUUCGCAAUGAUACUUGUUUAAAUAAAAAUAUCUCUGUCCCUAUUUGUUUUCAAUGAGAAACAAAAUCGACAGAACGAUAGUUUAGGGAUUCUCGUGAUAAUUAAUUAAAAUUGAGAGUACCUUCGAUACGUGCAAAAGAAUGGGACUAUUUGCAACAAUUAAUACAGUUUAAUUCACACAAGAGUAAAGGCCUCUAAAGUCAAUGUUAUUGUAGUCGAGGAUCUUAAUAACGGUAAUUUAUAUUUUAUUUAGUAAGUAUAUAGCAUUUUCGAUUAUGCGACAAUGUCUGUAUGUGAGAAAGAAACCUGUAUAUAGUUUAUUUAAAUAAAGCGUAUUCAUGCUCUUA